UAAGUGUUAAGAGUGAAAAAGAGAAAGGAGGUACAAAUUUAAUCUAUCACAGUCUUUCUUUCUUUUCGUUUACUUAACUAAACGAAAAUUACUUAACAUACGCUUGCUUUUUAUUUUUCUUUACGAUCGUUGGUAAACUUUGAUUGGUAAACUUAGGCUUAUCUCGGUUAAGGAGAAAUGUGUAGAAUCUUGCACGGAACCGUUACUUGAUUUGACCACGUUUCUAAUUCAUCUAUCGUAGGUAGUUUAGAGUUAAAGCAUGUCAUUUCAUAAAAUUGAACAGAGUCUUAGCGUAUGAUGCAACGAAACAAUUGUUUCAAUUUUUUUUUUCUCUCUCUCUCUCUCUCUCUCACUCGAAUUUACAUAGGUAAAUGAUAUGUCGUAAAUGCCGUAAAAAAAAAAAAAAUUAUAUGUAUACAUGAUACGUUUUUACGUAAUCGUAAUAACAGAAGAAUUGUGUAAACGAAAAAUAAUAAUAUGUAACAUCGUUGUUGGCAUCACAAAGUAUUACGUGAUAUUGAAUACGAAAUUCUCUACGUUUGAUAUUAUUCGUAAUGAAUAAUGAAAAAUGCGCAAAUAAAUUCAAUGAAAUCUUUAAUGUUAAUUAUCGAAAAAUUUACAGCUAUUUACAUACAUCAGCAUCUACCUACUUAAAUACUUACAUACAUAUUGCAUGUAAAUUAACAAUAGACUGGAGUAAGGAAUUGGUGCCUUGCAAUUUUUCCGGAGAAAGUAGAAGAAAAAUACUUCAAGAUGAAUAAAGUGGAUUACAUGGAGGUGACUUUACCAAAUUAUUCGUACGUCUUCAAUUUCGAAGAGACUUUCAGUCCGGCGGAAACUCAACAAUGGAUGAUCAAGAAUUGGACAAAUGGUUUUUACUAUUGUGGCAUUUACAUGAUCUUGAUUUUUGGAGGACAACAUUAUAUGUCGAAUAGGCCAAAGUUUGAGCUAAGAGGCUUACUUACUGUAUGGAAUACAAUGCUCGCGAUCUUCUCCAUUAUUGGAUUUACUAGAACAGCACCAGAGUUGAUUUAUGUGCUAAGGAAUUAUGGUUUUCAUUAUAGUAUUUGUGUACCUAGCUUCAUUGAAAGAAAUUGUGUAUCAGGCUUUUGGACAUGGAUGUUUGUCCUAUCAAAGCUUCCAGAACUAGGCGACACGAUCUUUAUUGUGCUACGAAAACAGCGUUUGAUCUUUUUACAUUGGUAUCAUCAUAUAACUGUUCUUCUAUACGCAUGGUUCUCUUAUACAGAAUAUGCAGCAACUGCUAGGUGGUAUAUUGUUAUGAACUAUUUUGUUCACUCCAUUAUGUAUUCGUAUUAUGCUCUGAAAGCGAUGCGCUACAGACCACCACAGUGGAUUGCCAUGCUGAUCACUUCGCUGCAGAUAUUGCAAAUGGUAAUGGGUGUCAUUGUAAAUAUUAGAGCUUUUCAAUAUCUGGAAAGCGGUAAGAUCGACUGUCACAUUUCACGUGUCAAUGUGACGCUUGGUCUCCUUAUAUACUUUAGUUAUUUUAUUCUCUUUGCUAAAUUCUUCCGAAGCUCUUAUCUAAAUGCUAGCCGUGGUACCAAAGUCGCGAAAAAGAGUUACGUUAACGGAACAGAAGAAUACGAAAAGCUCAAGGCUAAUUAAAGCACACCGCAUAUUUUUUUUUCUUCUUUUCUUUUUCUUCUUCUUCUUCUUUCUUCGUUUCUUUUUCGGAAACUUUUUUCGAAAGACGCUUUCCAAAAGCAUAUUUCUUCCAUUUAUGCUCCCUGAGAAUUUAUGCUUUUGCAAAAAAGUCUUUCUUAACGACACAAAGUCGUAUACAACAAAUUGUGGUAGGGUGAAAGUGAUGGUAAUGCGUUAUUCGAACAUAUAGCACACUGAAUUUUAUAAUAUUAAAUGUUGCACACUGAAUUUAGUAAUAAAUUUUAUGAUAAUUUAUUUAACAUAUUUCAUGUUAAAUAUCUUAUCGACGAAUAAAGAGCUUCUUAGAGGUACCUAUUAAAAAUAUUUUGUUCCUCUAAAUUUCUUUUUUUUAAAUAUUUUUUUCUUGUAAUACCUCUUCGUCGAGUUGGAUAUAUUGUAAAAGCUUAGGUAGAACGAGGAGGAAGAUAUAAAGAAUAUAUUUGUUAAACGUAAUAUACAUAUUUCACACGAAAAGAAAAUCUUUCAUAUAUUUAUUGUUAUUACAUAUAGUAAAUGUGUUCAAGUAUCGCUUUAAUCGAUAACACAGAAAAUUCUCCUGAAAUCUCGUUCUACCAGAAAAAUGUAUAAAAUAUCAUUAACCCUUUGACUGCUGGGGAUUCUAGGCUUGAACGCUCUGUGUGUGCGCUGAAUAAGAAUCAAGAUAGUAACACUCGUUACUUUUCUUUUUAUUCCAUUUCAUUUCUCAGUUUAUUUUUUCAUUUGUUUUUCUUUUCCAGUGUUUUGUUAUAUCAUUAUAAUGUGAUAACAUAUGGUGUGUAAUUAGUAAUAUGCGUUGAUAAUUUUUAUUUAAUUAUAAUUAGUAUAUACAAGAAAUCAUCUAUGGACGCAUAGCAGUCAAAGGGUUAAUGACACGUUUCAUUAAGCGUACGUACCUCGAAAACGAGCUAGAAAAUAUUCUUUGUAGAAAAUAGUAAAACAAUGAUAAUAAUCAGGGAUCGAUAUCACAUAAAUAUCUUGCAUUGUUUCGUUUCAUCAUCCGUGAUCGUUAGACGGAAAAAGGCAAGGAAACCGAAGAGAAAAAGACCAUUUAUAUUUACUAUUUUCUAUUACGAUUAUUUUAUGCUGCUAGGAUUAACAAAAUGGGCUGCUUAUUCGUAUCUGCAAACCUACAGGUUGCAGCCAACCUUGCAGAGACGUUUAUUUUCCUUUCUAAACAAGGUUUUGUAUAAAUUAUGUUAUUUAGAUUUAUUCGUAUACUUAAAUCAUUGAAAUUCAUACGAUAAUAGAACCUCAUAUUAUAAGAAAUACAUUAAGUUCAGUUUCUGUUGCAUAUACAUAUACAUGUAUACAUAUAAAUACACGUACAUAUGAAGGUAUAUGUUAAAAAAGUUGUCAUCGUAAGAAGCGAUAAGUUUUAAAACUCACAAUUUUUCACCGAGGAUGCAGCGAAUAAUAAUAGCUUCGUAAGAAUAAAAAGAAGAGAAAAAGAGAACGUUUCAAUAAUAAUGGUCCCUUCUUUGUAAUUUUAUAUACAUAUAAUAUCAAUUAAUAGACAUCUUUGUAGGGAUGGUCUCCCUUUGAAACAUAAACUGACCGAUUCUAGUCGCAUGGUCAGGAUGAAAGCAUUUGUUAAGUGAAAUGAGAGUGUAUUAGAAAAAAAAAUAUCUUUAUAUUUAAAAUAAAACAAUUAUCCAUGCCGCUGAUCGACGCGCAGUUUCAUAUCCAAAAUUGAUUAACUAUCUUCUUUUUUUCUAACACUUUGUACAAAACCGUGUUUCUUUUCUCUCUCUCUCUCUCUCUCUCUCUCUCUCUCUCUCUCUUUUUUUUUUUAAUUUUCUUUAAUAAAUUACCAUAUUACUUCUAAUUCGCACAAAUAUUACCAAUAGGAGCAUGAAUACGAUUAAUAUAUGUGUACAUAUAUUAUCGGUAUCAUUUACAAAUUCACCCAUUGACUAUUUCACUUAGAAACUGAUUUUUCGGAUAAUUUUAAUUAUGAUUAAUACAUAGCUCUUUAAUAGGUAGCGAAUUUGUAAAAAACCAAUAGUAAUUAUUACAGGCUGCGCACGAACUUCCUUUUCUUUGUUCAACUCAAAAUAUUCCUGAUAGUUUUUAAAUAAAAUAAAAUAAAAUAAAAUAACAAAAGGAUAUCGCGGUUCAACGAAAGGCACAAUAGUUGAUUAUUUAUCAAUAAAUAUUGCCAAAGUACUACUAUGCUCGAUUCAAAUAAUUUAAAUAUUUAAAUAAUAAUUACACUAACGAUGAUAAUGGUCAAAUAUACGCGUUUCAUUUGGUGGAUAAGAAUUGAAUUGUUCGUAUGAAAUAUUUAUGUACCCCUAAGUUAUCUGUAAGAAAAAAGAAAAAGAGUGUUUACGAGUUUAAUAGGAAAUCCUUUCUAACAAUGCAUCGAUUACCGAUGCAUUGUAAACAUGAGUAUGAAUUAAAAAAUCUUCAGUUGUUUAAUUUAAUAUUAUUAAAUUGAAGGAUUUAUUGCAAAUACUUCAUUUUUUUUUUCUUCUUCUUAAAGAGAGGAUUUUUCUUAAAUCUCGUUUAAGUAACUGCUUUUUUCUGUCAAUGCUACGUAUUUAAUAACUAAGCGAUUAGAGUUAAUUGUGUGCUGCUUUGGAAACUGAUGAACAUGCAACUGAAUUAAUUAAUAGUCUAAUUAUUAUUGAAUUACAAACUACAUGCGUUUUUCCGACUAGAAUAAAAGAAGAAAUUUAUGCUUUUCGUAAUUGAUACAGUAUUUACUCUGUCAUUGGAAAUGUUAAAAUUACUGAGUUAUUUUUCUGCAAGUAAUUGUAUAACAGUUCCAAGUGAAAGAAAUUUUUUUAAAUAUUAACGAGAAAUAGUUUUUUAGGAGACAAACGAGUAAUAAAAGUUAGAGAUUAAAACGUUGUUAAAUAAAGUAGAACAUGGAUUUUCACUUAGAAUCUUCUAAUUCUUAAAUUUUCCACAAGUAUUGCUUGCAGUGUGUUUAAGUAUUCGAUGAAUAUGGAGAAAGCUCCGAAGAAAAAAAAAAAGAAAACAAUGUAAAAUAUAUAUAUAUAGAAGAAAAAAAAGAAUUUUGCCUGCUACUAUAAUAUCAUCUGGCUGUUUAAUAAUAAAUUCUAUAUAGCGAACAUUUAUAUUCCGUAAUUAGCAAUAAGUGCAACCGAAUGAAAGAAAACAUCAUUAUCAAGAUAAAUGAAGGAAACGAUUUUUAGUUUGAUUCUUCUUUUAUCCAAAUAAGCAAAAUGAAUGCAAAAAAA